AAUAGGUCUGGAAAAAAGAGCAGGAAACUAAACGCGUCAUUUCUAAUUUUUCUAUUGAAUCGACUAUUUCUGGUUAAGUUCAUGAUGAUAAAUACGUAUACAAGUUUACAUUUAUAAAUGUGUAUUGUGGGUUUUGUAAAAUCAGUGAACGUGAAUUGAUUUCAUCGAUAUCGGGUUCCUUAACGUGAAGUGAUAAAUAUGAAGAUAAGACAAUAUUAGAGAUAAUAUAUUUCAGUAAUAUUAGUUAUUCUAUCCGCGACUAAGAAUUAUUUCUUUGUUAUUGAUCGAAGUUUUGAUAGAGACCUACCCCACCGGCUACAGCUAAAACAAGAGAAACUAAAAAGUACAAAUGAGAUAGAGAUCCCAAAUCGAGUUGAUGACAUAAAUGAGGAUUAUCAUACAGCAUUGCGGCUAUCCAUCCUCGAACAACGUUAUUGUGGCUAUACUACAACACGUAUUAAGAAGGACGGUAAACAAGAGUCGAUGUUUACACUCGCAAUAUUCUAUAUACUAUUUCUAAUAAACAGGCAUGUGUUAUUAUUUUGAAUAAGGACACAUUUUAGACAUUAAAUAUCAGCUCUUUACCUCUCCUGUUAUUCGACAGUUCAGUUUAAAUAGAGAUUCGAUCAGGUUUCAUUAAACGGUUUUAAUAUACAUUAAUACUUUAGUAUUUCUAUUCUUAUUAAAAUUAUACAUUAUUAGUAAAAAUUCUUUAUUUUUAAUACGACAUUGCGAUUCUUCAUUCGUUGUCAGAUCUAAACGUAAAUAGAAUAUUUCUAAAUAUAAUAAGGCAUUGACGUUAUAAAAAAAGAGGAAAAUAAUUUCAAAAAUACAUUUCGAAAAUUUGAAUUUGUAAACAUAUUUAUUUAAAAAAAAAAAAAAGAAAGUGUAACAAAGGAUAUAUAACAAAAAUCUUUUAACAAGUAAUCAAACUACGUGUUAUUCAAAACUAAUAAUAAGAUUUUAUUAAUUUCUGUCAAAAUCAAGUGAAAAAUGGUUAGAGAUUUGAAAUUCAAUAAGAAUUUUACACCAAAAAUAUCUCGAUAUAUUAAAAAGUUUUCUCCGAAGACUAUGGAAUUUCUUUUAUGGCAAAUUGGAUUCGAACAUCUAUUAGAAUUUUUUCAAAUAGCAAAAGAAGACAAAGUUAAAUGGUUAUUAGAAAUGAUGGAACCUGAAAUUAUGGGGGAUAUUGAAGAAAAAGUAUCUCCUGAUCCUCCUCAUCUACUUUCAUACGAUGAACUUAUAUACAAAUUAGAAGAAAUGUACUCAUCUUAUACUGGAUUUGAAGCUGCUGAAUAUCGUUUUGUUAAUCGAUAUCAAAUAAUAGGUGAAAAUAUAUCAGAAUACGUCCACGCAUUAAAAACAAUAAUUAUUAAUUGUUAUCCUGAUGUUAGAACAAAAGCUCAUUUACUCGCUCAAUUUAUAAUUGGAAUAAGAAGCGAAGCAGGAAAAUCCAUAUUAAAAAAAGACCAAAAUUUAACACUCGAAAAAGCGAUUGCUAUGGCAAAACAACUUGAGAAAGUUGAGGUUAAAUUUUAUUUUAAUGGUAUAUAACG